CUCUUACCCUCUAAACCUAAACUACCGGAGCCGACACCCGCUGAGUUAUAAAGAAGUGUGUUUGCAACAACUCCAAAAGUGACUCGUUGUUUUCAAAUUUUCUGAGAUAAAAAUGAAGCUAGUGAGGUUUCUGAUGAAACUCAGUCACGAGACUGUGACGAUCGAACUGAAAAAUGGCACUCAGGUGCAUGGGACAAUCACUGGAGUUGAUGUGGCAAUGAAUACUCACCUGAAAACCGUCAAGAUGACGAUAAAAAACCGUGACCCAGUGCAGCUGGACACCCUCAGUCUGCGUGGAAACAACAUAAGGUAUUACAUUCUACCUGACUCGCUGCCCCUGGAGACCCUCCUCAUAGACGAUACACCAAAGGCCAAAGCUAAGAAGAAGGAGGCAGCGAGGGGCGCUGCUCGAGGACGAGGACGCGGGGGUCGUGGGGCACGUGGAGGCCGUGGGGGACGUGGCAGGGGACGGGGCCGACGAUAAUCACAGCCAUAGUCACCAAGAAAAUGUUCGUCUUUCUUCAAUAUCACGGAGAGUGACAACUUUCCAUUUUCCACAUUUUUUAAGUUAAAUUACAGAAACUUAAUGAAGUAAUUAGGAUUAAACUUGAGGCAAGAAAAUAAACUUUUCAAAUAUAAUUAA